UUUGAACCGCCCUUCACAACGAGACAAGAAGUUCCUCAUCCUUUGCCUCAAUAUAGUUCCUUGAUAUAUUUCCGUUCCACACAUGAAAUGGCGGAAACAGGGACGAUUUCCAACAUCAUUGGAGUCAUCGGAGCAGGCACUAGAGUCUCUUUCACCCUGUUCCAGUUCGGAGCCUCGAUUGGCUCGGCUGGUACAGAAGCCAGGACGAUUGGUACCGAGAUAACCUUGUUUUGCUCUGUCCUGAAGCAGCUACAGUCCACUUUUACCAACGCGAGGUCAUUCAGACAAUCGAUCAGUGCAAUUGAUACGAUCCAUGAGGUUCUAGAUCAGUGCCAAGAAAUCUUCAAGGAUAUAGAGUCGAUCAUCGAUGGGUUGCAAAAGCGCAAGGCUGCCACCCUGGAGCCGUCCUCGCAGUUCAUCUCACGCGUCAGAUGGACGUCCAAGAAAUCGAAGCUUCAGUUGUUGUGAACGAGACUCGAAUCAUGCAAAAUCACGUUACAUAUUAUGCUUACGACUUUGGACUUUGCACAGAAGAUUGCAACGAGAAAGUGAGUGCAAUACUUUCUUUUGGAUCGUAUUAGUUUGACUCACUCU